AUGCCUGGUGUCCGUGGCUUUGCGGACCCAAAUGUACAAAUCAACCCGGAUGGAAGAACCACGUUCCAGCAAUUACUUACCCCUAAGCAAACCAAGUUGGCUACACAGUUAACUCCAUGGCACAUAAAUUAUCUCGGUGGGACUUGGCCGCAAGCGACGCAAUGUUUGAGCGCCGGCGAGAAUAGCUGGGAGGCCAUGCAUCUUGCUCUCAACGGCGGAUUGACAAAUAAAUGGGCAAUCACUAAUACCCCUUAUAGCUGGAGCUACCUCAACCGAAGCGAUAUCCCGGUGCAUUUUGAUAUCGCUGAAGGUUGGACGGUGGGCGAUAUGUAUCAAGAGGGAGUCCUUGGAGCAACGUCUCCAAAUCGUGUGCUCUGGAUGAGCGGUACAUUGAACAACCCAGGCACACCUAAUAAUAUCGAUGGUGAGGGUGAUAUGAUUCUGGACAACCAUUCAUCGCCAGGCUGUGAGAGACCGCAUCUAAACUGCUUUCCAUUCACCUGGAAGACACUUCCGGAGUAUUGGCAAGAUGCAGGCGUGACUUGGCAGGUCUAUCAAGACGCAGACAAUUUCGAGGAUAAUCCGCUCGCGUACUUUGAUCAGUACCAGAGAGCAAAUGAAGAUUCGCCACUUAACUUGCAUGGCAAUUCUUACAUUGGGCUGGACCAAUUUUAUGAAGAUGCUGCUAAUGGCACCUUGCCGCAAAUUAGCAUCAUUAUUGGGCCUGCAGAAUUAUCGGAGCAUUCACCAUAUUUGCCAGGUGAUGGGGCAUGGCUGCAAAAGCAGGUUGUCGAGGCUGUUGUAAACGGACCUGCAUAUCAUGAAACCGCGUUGAUUAUCAGUUAUGAUGAGGUUGGAGGAUAUGGAGAUCAUGUCACCCCUUUUCAUGCCCCCAAAGGCACUCCGGGCGAAUGGAUCGAUGAUCCAUAUGGCCUAGUAGGAGAAACGCCAAUCGGCCCAGGUUUCCGUCUUCCAUUUUAUAUCAUCUCGCCGUGGACUCGAGGGGGUCACGUUUUCACAGAGCAUGCAGAUCAUAAUUCCCAGAUCCUCUUCAUCGAAGAAUGGCUUGAGGCUACAGGGAAGAAGAAUAUCCGAAGCAAGGAGAUGUCUCCGUGGCGACGAGAGCACAUGUCGAAUCUUCUUUAUGCAUUCGAUUUCGAGCAUCCCGAUUACUCCAUCCCGCAUAUCGCACACGUCGAUUCCCCUCUAACCUAUGGAAGCCCCAACACCAGGCCCUCCGGCCGCCUCGGCUCAACAAGCAGCAACUACAUCGGCGCCGCAAUGUGCCAGGCAAAACACCGCACCAGCAAACCCCCCGUUCCCUACGGCCCGCAAAACGCCAACGCCAAUCCCGCAAAGCUCGUCGAGGAAGGCUUCAAACAAGUCCGUGGCUCCCUAACAGAAGGCCGCUAUAUAACCUUCGAGAUGAACGGUUUCGCGCUCACAAACGCCGGUUGGAGCGCUAUGCACGUAACUAGUACGCCCACGUCACCGAGGCAUGACAGUGUAUACCAGCGCUGGGUUGCCCAUCUCGUUGGUGAUGCAGGAGGGGAUUUGUUUGUGCUGCGGAGUGCGUUUGAUUGGCGGUAUAUAUCGCGUUCGCAGCAGCUUACGGAUUUUGUGGACAUGGCGGAGGUAUUUAGGAUUGUGGAUUUAGGGGCCGGGAAGGGGUAUGCUUUGAUGCCCAGGGGAGUUUCCCAAGAUGGUCUGACGCUUAAUGGACAGCGGAAGGGUAGGAUGGGUGGGGGACUUGCGCUGGGUGUCAGUCGCGAGGGAGAGAUUUUUGUUACGGUGCCGAAGGAGGGGUUUAUGGUGUUCAGUGUUACAUAUCACUCUUAA